CCAGGACCAGGAGAUUCCACCUUGCAGUUUAGGCUUAUUCAUUUCUGGGAAGCUCGGAAGAAUGUGAAAGGAGGACCAGGCAUCAUUCUUGGGAUCAAGAUGCUUAUGAUCGAUGCAGAGGGUACUGUGGCUCAGGGGUUCAUCGGUCAGAACCGUCGCACCCAAUAUGAAAAAGAGCUCCGGCUUGGCACUGAGUGGUAUUACAUUGCUUGCAAGGAUUGCCAGACAAAGCUAAACCGUGGGCCGACAACAAUGCUUUGUCCAAAAUGCGGGAAUGAAAAUGCUACUGCAGUAGCCAAUUACCGCGUUGAAAUGUAUGUCUAUGAUAAUGAGGAGCAGUGCACUUUCAUCAUCCUCGGAGAUGCUGGUAAAGAGCUCACCGGCAGAAAAGCAACAGAGUUGAUCGACGCUUAUGUUGAGGAUAAUGGUGGAGAUGGGGCUGAGCUUGAGAUUCCACUGCCACAAUGUUUAAUCGACACAAUUGGACAGACAAAGAAAUUCAGGAUCAAGGUGGCUCACUACAACUUUACAUCUACCCGCCUUUCUUUGACAGCAACCAAAAUUGUCUCAUCAGCAGUUUUGCCACCAAAGAAUCCUCCCUCCACUCAAGACGCCACCACACAGUGAAGUGAAAAUCCCAGAUUUACCUGAGAGUAGUGGUGGUGUUUCUUCAGCCAGUGACGAGCAGAAGAAAGCAAAGCGUGCCAAGCUUAGUGGCUAGAUCACAUGCAGUAUAGUCACUCCAUCACUGGCUGGUUCAGACUGCCCAGUCAUAAUGGUUCUCUAAUAACAGUCUUCUUCUCUCUAUUUAAUCAGUUUGGUUUUUUUCUUCUUACAAAGACAGAUUAUGAUCGGACAAAUCUUAUGGUUUUGUUUUUUUAUUAAAGUUGUUUGGUUUUCAUUUUUAUCUUGGUUAUGAAUCUAUGAUAAUUUUGCUUUCCUCUUUAUUCCUUCCUUUAAUGGUUCGACACUCAUUAAACGUGUUACAUGCAUGCAUACAAGUUUAAUUAGUCCAACAUGAAAAAGAAAUUGCAUAAGGACUACGUACUUAAGAAUUCACAUUGUUAUAAAACCAAUGAAUGCAUGAAUUUGUUAUGUCCAGCUGUUAAUGGCAAAAGAUAUUCAUGCCAAAAAUUGAAUAAAAUAUAUUCCACCAUAAAUACAAAUAACAAGAGAUAUGGAAACAAAACAAUACGUUUUUCAAAAGAUAUUUUUUCUUUGACUCCAAGCUGAACACGGCAUAUUCAUUACUACCGAUUCUCAUUCAACCUUCCGAGAGAGGUCUUCAACGCCUGAAGAGGAAACCGGCAGUACACUGCUUAUUUAAUUUGAUUUGGUUGUAAUAUGUUUCUAAACAAUAUAAAAAGUAAUUUUAUUUUGAAAACAUAAUAAGUUUAGACCUACUUGAUAUUUUAAAACCAAAAAAUUAAAUUAAUAUCUUCUAACGAAAAUUCACAUAUAUUAGAACAAAGAAAGUUUAAAUGACUUAAAAUCCUAAUAAAACCAAAAUUUUAACUCUCCCUUAUUAUCAGUUUUGAAUCAAAAACAUUAAUAUUACUGAAAUAUUAAUAUAUUACUUUAACCCAAAACUCUAAUAAAACAAUUAUAAAAGUUGUAAAUUCACUACAUUGUUUCAUCAUAGCAGGUGUUUCUUUUAUGUUUAUAGUAUUUUGUUUAUAUCAAAUGAUGUAUUUCGCAGUAUUUAAACAUAAAUUUAUAUUGAAAAUUCGCAGUAUUUAAACAUAAAUUUAUAUUGAAAAUUAAUCUCUGCAUUUAUAAUAAAAAUUAACAUUUGAAGUUCAAAAUUUCCUAAUUAAAAUAAUAUAAAGGUGGGUCAAACUUUUCCCAAUUUCAAAAUCUUAGCAUCUCUUAAAAAUAAAGAAAAUAAAUUUAUAAAUACAUAAACUAUAUAAACAUAUAUGGAACUAUAAUUUCUAUAAAAAAGAAAUUUAAAAAAGGAAAAUAAUCUUGCCAUGUUGUUGUUUAUUUCUAGAGUUUGUCCUGUUACCGUACAAAUAUUUGCUUUCACCUUUCAAGUUGGCUAGCCCCACAACUCAUAUAUAUAUAUAUAUGUAAAUUAAAACCUAAUGCAUAAUUUUUAAUAUAACAUCUUAAAACAUAAAAAUUAAAUUUAUUACUUUGAUUAAUUAUAUUUUGUGAUUUUAAUUCUCUAUUAUAUCACAAUAUAUCAUAUAAAAAUCCAAUAUUUAUAACUAAUUGGACUUAUAUUAUGAAAGCAUUAUACUAAUAAUAUAGAAAUAAACUAUUUUAAAUAUAAUUUAUGUGUUAUAUAAAUUGAUUAUGAUGUGUCAUUUUUUAUUUUAUUAUUUAUUACUAACAAAUAUUAAAAAUAUUUAAUUUGUUGAUACGAAAUAUAUUAAGAAAUCUAUUUUAGUUGGGAUUUGUUUAAGGAAAAAUCAAUGAUUUAAAUUAGAAAGGGGCAUUAAAUGCUUAAAUCUAUUAUUUAAAUUAAGAAAAGACAAGCAGCCUUAAAUAUAGGUUCAAUACAUAUCUCAAUGGCAUUCUAAUGUAAAUAAAUGGUAAAUUUAAGGGGUAUUUCUAUUUCGUACUUCUUUUUUUAAUAAUAUAGAUUAUGAAAUAUUUGACCAUUUAAUCAUAAAUUUUGUUUAAUAUAUAUUUCGUUUUAAUAUAUGUGUAUUAUUUACAUCAUAUUAGAUUUCAUUUUCCGUAGUUGUAGCCAGUUAGCCGGUUCAAACUCUAUGAUUGACAAAGAGAUAUAAUUUUCCAAUGAAGUUUAUUGAUCCAAUUGAGGCUCUUAGCAUUUGAUAUAUAGUUCAAAAUAUUAUGUACACAACAUUCAUUUAUCAAGUUCUCUGUGAAUUACAAUUAUUUAAUAUAUUUGUCUCUUCUGUUUAAUUAUAUUACACCUGUUUUCACCCAUGAAGAGCUCUAUGUUGGUCAUUCCUGAGUUACUACCAAGGUAGGCAUCAAAAUUAUACAAGAAAAUGAUCAAAAGAUCGGAAAAGUUAAAAACAUAGUCUACAAAGAAAUAUACAACGGUCUACCUCACUUACCAGGUAAUCCAUUAUUAUUUGCAACACAAUAUACAACAUUAUCCAAAAAUACUAAACUCCUUUCUCUCCCUCCCCCAGUAUCACAAUCAGAUGCUCACCCAGAUCAGACUCCCCGGAAUCACGAACAACUUUCUAUAUCAUAAAACGCAAGCAACAAAUAAGUCUGCCGACCAAAAAACUCCAAACUCAAUAAUGAAGCUGUACUAACAAAAUUCUUUUUAACAAUUGGUCCGCCCCCAAUAGAAAGUGCCAGCUCUAUAAGAUCAUUCACAGUACACUUCGCAGACAUCGUCUACGUCUUAUCUUAUUUUUAUUAUUUUCCGUUAUCUACCAAAUACUAUUCCCUUUGGACAAUUACUAAUUUCUACUACUAAACUAUUUUGUUUUGAACUGUGUGAACUGACUAACGUUUUUUUUAAUCUUAAAAUUCUCCACACAAAAAAAAAUACUCAACACACAAAGACAAAUAAAAAUUUAU